CCCGCCCCGCCCGUACUGGGAAGCCCGGACCGGGACUCAGACAGGAAAGUCUGCAGGGCUGGCCCGGUCCGGCUCCUGAGCCGCUGCCCCCGGGGUUCACCGCCACCAUGUCAGAUCAGACUUACUGUGACCGACUUGUCCAAGACACACCUUUUCUUACAAGCAAUGGCCGAUUGAGUGAGCAGCAAGUUGAUAAAAUUAUCCUCCAAUUAAACCGAUUUUACCCACAAAUUCUCACCAACAAAGAAGCAGAAAAGUUCCGGAACCCCAAAACAUCUCUCCGCAUACGUUUAUCCGACCUCCUGACCCACCUACAGAGGAAAGGUGAAAGAGACUGCCAAGAAUUCUACAGGGCUCUGUACAUCAAUGCCCAACAUCUGUACGGCAGCCUGCCAAGCAGGAAGGCCAUGAAAACCUCAGAUUCCACAGAACUAGACCCUGACAAGGAGAAAUAUAAUCUAAAUGACAGGGGUCCCAUGUUUUUUCUUGCUUGUUUCAGUGUGGCUGCAGGACUAGCCUUCUUGAUUUAUUACUGCUCCCCAGUCUGCAGGCAGCAAGUUUUGAAGCGCCUAGGACAGUGCCAAAGGCGUUCGAAUCCCAGAGUUUUCAGGGGAGCCAGAAGAGUGAUAGGAUUCUCUCCCAUCAUCAUUGGGAAACACGUCAGUCAUUAUUUGUUAGCCUUCUUGGAAAAAAGCUUCAGAGAACCAUGAACCAAAUGUGCUUCUCUCCAUCUUUUCUGUCUUCUCAUCUCUUGCUCUCUGAUGGAGUAUAUACAUCUACACAGCAUAUACGAAGUUCCUAUACCAAAGAUUGCCUGGCCUGGCCUUGUUUCAGCAGUGACUGUAUCAUUGCGGGUGUAUUCCAAGAGUCAGCCCUGUAUUCCCUGCUUUGUUGGUGGGAGCAGAUCAUUUAUUUUUUUAAUUGCUUAUUUUUAAAUAUUUAUAACUUCAAUAAAAAUCACUUUUAACCCAA